UCCUUUUGCUCUUUUGGUGGUAUUCACAUGAUUCACUUUUACCCUUUUUUCGUUGUUGCACUACUCUAGUUAGUGUGAUUCUGAUGGUUGGAAAUGUCACUGCCUUUAGUUGCGAAUAUGGUGCUGUUAGUAGCAAAAUUUAUGUUUGCAAUCUCAUUUUAAUACUGACUAGAGACCACCAAUGGAUGCUAAUUCCUUGUGAAUUGAGUUGUAUCUCAUUUUAUCUGCAUGGCGAGUGCUACCAAAUCAGUGAACUUGUAUUGAGAAUGAAGUAGUAUCUUUGGAUUAAGUAAUCAUCUUUGACUUUCAUAACUUUUUGGCAUAUGAUCUUGUGCUUCUUGUUUGUACGUGUCAAAAACAUUUUAAAUAUCAUUUACUAGUAUUUAUUGAAAGCUGAAAGAUGCUAUCUGCUCUGAAUGUAAGAUUUGUUGUAGAAACAUAAAUGGGUAGAAACAUAAACUCUGAAUAAAAGGGGCAACAUGAAUGGGUAGUGUAUUCUUGGGUGUCUUCCAAUGAUUGUGAUCAUCUUCUUGAGGUGUUUGACUGGCAACUGCACAUGUAUAUCGUGCCAUAAAGUUGUUUUGUAGAUGGGAAGGAGACAAAUGAGCUUUCUGAUAAGUCUAUACGAUUGACUAUAUAUACAUGUUGUCUUCUUAUUUUACCAUCUUUUUUUUCUCUUUUGUUGAUGUUUACUCCUCUCUCUUAUGUUCCUCCUACAAUUUUCAUUUGCAUCAACUGUACCAUCAAUCUGAGCUUGAAUCAUCGAGAAAAUAGAUUUACAUGUUUCAUGAAAGUUAAUACUUAUUGAAGCAUGUAAAAAAUAAAAUAAAAUGUUCCUCACUAUCGUUUGCCUGAUGAUUCAGGAAAAGCAUUCUGAGGAGUCCUACAAUUUGGCCUGCAUUCUGACUCUUCCUCCUUAUCAGAGGAAAGGCUAUGGGAAAUUUUUAAUUGCUUUUUCAUAUGAACUUUCAAAAAAAGAAGGCAAGGUUGGUACACCAGAAAGACCUCUUUCUGACCUUGGACUUUUGAGCUAUCGGGGAUACUGGACUCGUGUUCUGUUAGACAUAUUGAAGAAGCACAAGGGCAACAUCUCUAUCAAGGAGCUUAGUGACAUGACAGCCAUCAAGGCUGAGGAUAUCUUGACUACACUUCAAACAUUAGAGUUGAUCCAAUACAGAAAAGGGCAGCAUGUCAUCUGUGCAGAUCCCAAGGUCUUGGAUCGUCAUCUGAAAGCAGCUGGUCGGGGCGGUCUAGACGUUGAUGUUAGUAAAUUGAUAUGGACUCCGUAUAAAGAGCAGAGCUAAGUAGUUUGGUUAUCAAAGUUUUCUGUGGCUUAUUAACCCUUAUGUACAUGUGUAGAAUAGUUUAAAGUUGGAAAACCAGGUGACUCUCUCUGCUAAAUACUUCAGUCGAAGGAUGUUAUUGGGGUGGAUAGGUAUGUUGACACAUUGUUAUUAACUGGUUGUAAGUUGUAACAUAGGCACAUGUAAAAUGUAGCAUCUACUUAAUGUUGCCAAGAAACCAGAGCCUUUCUUUAUUAUCUACUGUGCCAACAGGUUGCUAUUAUGAAAUCUGUUCGAUCAAAGA